AUGAUCUUUCCUUUCCUUCUGGCAGCUGUAUCACUCUUACUUUCUGUACUUUACAAACCGUCUGAAUUUAACACAGACGCGUUAUUCGAGCAGAGUCAGCAGACUACAUCUCCUCCACGCGUCCUCCUAUUAACUGCUCAUCCUGACGACGAAUGUUUUUUCUUUGCGCCCACAAUUCUGGCGCUUCGGCGAAGCAGCUCAAGCCCUGAAAUCUUCUCCUUAUGCUUAUCUAGCGGAAACGCUGAUGGUCUCGGGGAACGACGAAAGGGAGAGCUUGUGCGCAGUUUAGACAUCCUCGGAGUUGAGAAGGAUAAACGUUGGAUUGUUGAGCAUCCACAAUUGCAAGACAACAUAACGCAGCAGUGGGAUGCAGAGAUCAUUGCUGAAGUCCUUCGGCCAUUUGUAAUCGAGCACCACAUCACUUCUGUACUGACUUUCGACAUCAAAGGGAUAUCUUUGCAUCCCAAUCACUUUUCGCUCCCAUUAGGUGCAUCCCACCUCAUCAAAUCCCUGUCAUCUUUAUCGCAUACAUCUGUGCCACGUCUCUUCAGUUUAGUCACAGUGCCGGUCCUUCCAAAAUACACCGGGCCGCCGUCCGCUAUUCUUGCUCGACUUGGCGUCGUCUCUCAAGCUUUAUUAGCCUUUGAGCCAACGGUGGAUUCACUGCCCGUCUUUAUUUCGGGGAUCCCGGACUAUUUCACAACUGCAAGGGCCAUUCUAGCGCACGACUCGCAGAUGGUGUGGUUUCGCUACUUGUACAUGUCGUUUUCGAGGUAUAUGUGGGUCAAUGAAUGGGUCGAGUUCAAGACUCAGGAAUCGUAG